GAAGAAAUAUUGAACAAAUGGGGAAUUAUAAAUCUAGACCAACCCAAACUUGCACUGAUGAAUGGAAAAAGAAAAUCAGUGAAUCUUAUGCCGUUAUCAUCGAAAAACUGGAAGAUGACUUGCAGAUCAAAGAAAAGGAGCUAACGGAACUGACCCAUGUUUUUAGCUCUGAUGAAGCCUUCAGCAAAGUCAAUUUAAAUUACCGCACAGAAAAUGGGUUGUCUCUACUUCACUUAGGUUGUAUUUGUGGCGCCAAUAAGUCCCAUAUCCGGACUCUGAUGUUAAAAGGGCUGCGACCGUCCAGAUUAACAAGAAAUGGAUUUACAGCUCUGCAUUUGGCAGUUUACAAGGACAGUGUGGAACUGAUUACAGCCCUGCUGCACAGUGGAGCGGACGUUCAACAAGUGGGAUACGGUGCCUUAACCGCUCUCCAUAUCGCGACCAUAGCUGGUCACCCUAAGGCAGUUGAUGUUCUGUUGCAGCAUGGAGCUUAUGUUAACGUUCAAGAUGCCGUCUUUUUCACCCCUCUGCAUAUUGCAGCCUUCUCUGGCCAUGAACAGGUGACCCGUCUCCUGUUGAACUCUGGUGCCGACGUGAAUGUAAGCGGGGAAGUUGGCGACAGGCCCAUGCAUUUAGCCUCUGCCAAAGGAUUCCUCAGUAUCGUAAAACUCUUGCUGGAAGAAGGCAGCAAAGCCGAUGUGAAUGCUCAGGACAACGAAGAUCACGUGCCUUUGCAUUUCUGCUCUCGGUUUGGACACCAUGAUAUCGUCAAGUUCCUGCUCCAGAGCAAUUUCGAGGUUCAGCCCCACGUUGUCAACAUUUACGGAGAUACACCUUUACAUCUGGCAUGCUACAAUGGCAAGAUCGAAGUGGUCAAGGAAAUAAUCCAACUCUCGGGGGCUGAGAGCCUGACUAAGGAAAACAUCUUCAGUGAAACAGCUUUUCACAGUGCUUGUACUUACGGCAAGAACAUCGAACUUGUUAAGUUUCUUCUUGACCAGAAUGUGCUAAGCAUCAAUCAUCAAGGAAGAGAUGGUCACACAGGACUCCACUCUGCUUGCUACCAUGGGCACAUUCGUCUGGUCCAGUUCUUAUUGGAUAUUGGAGCCGAUAUGAAUCUGGUGGCCUCUGACCCCAGUCGAUCUAGUGGGGAGAAGGACGAGCAGACCUGUUUGAUGUGGGCUUAUGAAAAAGGGCACGAUGCCAUCGUCACCCUUCUGAAGCAUUACAAGAGACCUCAGGAAGAGUCUCCUUGUAACGAGUAUUCCCAGCCCGGAGGAGAUGGCUCCUAUGUGUCUGUCCCAUCACCCCUGGGGAAGAUUAAAAGCAUGACUAAAGAAAAGGCAGAUGUUCUCGUCCUGCGUGCCGGCCUGCCUUCCCAUUUCCAUCUUCAGCUCUCCGAAAUUGAGUUCCACGAGAUUAUUGGCUCAGGUUCUUUCGGGAAAGUGUAUAAGGGAAGAUGCAGAAAUAAAAUUGUUGCUAUCAAACGUUACCGAGCCAACACCUACUGCUCCAAAUCAGACGUGGAUAUGUUUUGCCGAGAGGUGUCCAUUCUGUGCCGACUCAACCAUCCUUGUGUGAUCCAGUUCGUGGGCGCCUGCUUGGACGACCCAAGUCAAUUCGCUAUCGUCACCCAGUACAUAUCAGGGGGGUCUCUAUUUUCCCUGCUGCAUGAACAGAAGAGGAUUCUCGAUUUGCAGUCAAAACUAAUUAUUGCUGUAGACGUGGCCAAAGGAAUGAAGUAUCUUCAUAACCUGACUCAGCCGAUUAUACAUCGCGACCUGAACAGUCACAACAUUCUCCUCUAUGAAGAUGGCCACGCUGUCGUUGCUGAUUUUGGAGAAUCCAGAUUCCUACAGUCCCUGGAUGAGGACAACAUGACAAAACAACCUGGGAACCUGCGCUGGAUGGCCCCUGAAGUAUUUACUCAGUGCACACGCUACACUAUAAAGGCUGAUGUCUUCAGCUACGCUUUGUGUCUUUGGGAACUGCUAACGGGUGAAAUUCCAUUUGCUCAUCUUAAGCCAGCGGCUGCUGCGGCAGAUAUGGCGUAUCACCACAUCAGACCUCCCAUUGGCUACUCUAUUCCCAAGCCCAUAUCAUCCCUGUUAAUGAGGGGAUGGAAUGCAUGUCCUGAGGGAAGACCUGAAUUUUCUGAAGUAGUUACAAAACUCGAAGAAUGUCUCUGCAAUAUCGAGUUGAUGUCUCCGGCAUCGAGCAACAGCAGUGGCUCUCUGUCUCCUUCCACAUCUUCGGACUGCCUUUCGGCCCGGAGCGGUCCAGGCCGGAGUCAUGUAGCAGCUCUUCGCAGUCGUUUUGAAUUGGAAUAUGCCCUUAAUGUGAGAUCCUACGCAGCUUGGCCACAAAGUUCAGGACAAUACCAAGGUCCAGGCCCGUCUUUGGAAGAUAUGCGGAGGAGUUUUCAAUGCCCAUCUGUUGACAAAAAUGGCUAUGUGUCUGAUCCCCUGAGUACCAUGCGUUUUCAUUCCUGCAGUAGCAGUGGCAGCUUUGAAGACAGCAGCUGACAGUGAAGCACAUCUACCUGAGGAAAGCAUCCCCCACGACUGACAGCGAGCACCCUAACCAUGUCAGACUUGCUUCCAAUUAGACUAGGUUGGCCCAGAAGAUCUUUAAAUUGGCUUGUUUGCUUACCCAUUCCAUUCCUUUACUGCGAUAAAUCAAGAUUUCAGUUGGAGCCCAAAAGCUCCACGCAAAAGUGCUUAAGUGAGAAUCGGUUUGAGGGAUAGUUUUAAUUUCCUAAACCCAGUUAUUAGAUUCAUUACUGGAGACUGUGGUUCGACAGACUUUUCAGGAAAAAAGCUAGCAUUCUGCCAGGCUGCACUGUGCUCUCUCAGACUGAAUUAUAUAGACAUUUGGGUCUGAGAGUUAUAUGUUUGGUUUCCAGGGAUAUUGCUCGAUAUUUUUUUUUCCUUGAAUUAUAUGGUUUCAG